GUGUCUGAGCUGGCCUGGGUCACCUGUGGUCACGUGCGGAGUGGCGGCGCCUCCCUGGGCUCACCUGAGGGCGUGCAGGUAAUGGUGGGCGGGGAACAAGUAAAUGUCGGGAGGUGAGUGACUAAGGUGGUGGUCACCGUCACUGUUGUUGUGGUUUGUUUGUUUGUUUGUUUGUUGAUUUCUUUUAUUCCCAAGACGUGGCGGCGCCGCCUGGCUGUCUGCUGGUGCUGCCUGCCUGUGGUCUGACCAUUUUGUCGCGAGUGUUUGGGCGUUGUCCUUUCUGGGGAUUUCCCGGCCCAUACUGAGUGAGGUUAGGUUAGGUUAGGUUUUCUGGGCAAGAUUUUCCCGUCACAGUGGUGGCAGCCACGCAGGACAAGACACACGGUAAUUCUUAAGAAAUACACCUCCACACAUAUCUUAUUAAUCUUUUCCCCUCUCCCCCAACAAGCUUGGGGCCACGUGGGGAAUUGGGUUUGUUUUUGGAGGGGGACAUAAAAGACCGAUAAAUGGACUGAAAAUCUAGGGAAAUUUCCCUAAAAUAAAAAAAAUUGUGGGUAAAAUUUAAGUUUUAACCAAUACUCCAGAAUAAUUAUAUACCUAACCUAACCGAACCUAACCGGGGGGGCUGCGCACCCCAUGAACCCCCCCUGGACCCCCCUAAGGUUAAAGCGUCAUUAAACAUCAUAGACUUAGUAGCAUGGACAAAAGCACCCUGCGUGUAAACCAACGCACGAACGCACGCAGUGUAACUUCAGCACGGACAGGUAAGCAGGACGGAUCUCGGGAAUACUGGAGAAACUUUAACAUUGUAUUGUAACCUUAACAUCAACGAGCGAUCAGUAAAACCUUUACAGACUUGUAGCUAUACUACUUACACUUCUUGAAAGCACACCUUAUUGAAAAUAAUCUUGGGUGCGUUGUUCUUAAGAUUUUCCAGACACACACCGUCAGUAAGGUUAGUUUGGUCUCCUGGACAAAAUUUUCCCGUCACAGUGGUGGCAGCCACGCAGGACAAGACACACACCGUCAGUUAGUGUUUUCUGCUUUCUUGUUUUAUUUUUGUUAUUUUGUUAAUUUGUUUAAUAUUGUUUUAUUUGUUUGUCUUGCAGGAGAACAGACGCGGUGAAAGAGCAAGGCCAGACUGGCAAGUCCUCCUGUCCAUUGUGCCCCAGAGCCUCUCAGAUCAGUGGCUGGCAAGUCCUCCCAUCCUCUCUGCCCCAGAGCCCCUCAGGUGCAAGGUCGGUGUGCAUCCUUGGUGCAGCCCCAGGGUUCCUGCAGGAACAGCCACGGCCAGGAGCAGCGUUGCAAUGGAGGGUGCGAGGCCAGGCAACAGCAGCAGCAGCAGCAGUAGUAACAGCCUGGAGCAGCAGGUGACCCAAGGCGGGAGGACCUACACUUGUGACCACUGCGGCAAAGUGUGCUCCACCAAGGCUGCCAUUGCCAGACACGUCCUCUCCCAUGCCAGCAAGACAAGGCUGAGAGGCAGGAGUGGCCCCGCUGAACACACUGCCACCCACACUGGUGGCAGGAACCACAAGUGUGACCUCUGCGGGAAGACAUUUGUCCGGAAGAGUCAUCUUGCAUCACACAUCCUCACCCACACUGGGGAGAGAAAGUUCCAGUGCCUGGAGUGUGGGAAAAGAUUUACCCAGGAGAGUAAUCUUAACACACACAUCCUCACCCACACUGGGGAGAGAAAGUUCCAGUGCCUGGAGUGUGGGAAAAGAUUUACCCAGGAGAGUAAUCUUAACACACACAUCCUCACCCACACUGGGGAGAGAAAGUUCCAGUGCCUGGAGUGUGGGAAAAGAUUUACCCGGAAGGGUAAUCUUGAGAGACACAUCCUCACCCACACUGGGGAGAGAAAGUUCCAGUGCCUGGAGUGUGGGAAAAGAUUUACCCGGAAGGGUUCCCUUAACACACACAUCCUCACCCACACUGGGGAGAGAAAGUUCCAGUGCCUGGAGUGUGGGAAAAGAUUUACCCAGGAGAGUCAUCUUAACACACACAUCCUCACCCACACUGGGGAGAGAAAGUUCCAGUGCCUGGAGUGUGGGAAAAGAUUUACCCAGGAGAGUAAUCUUAACACACACAUCCUCACCCACACUGGGGAGAGAAAGUUCCAGUGUCUGGAGUGUGGGAAAAGAUUUACCAUGAAGGGUUCCCUUAACACACACAUCCUCACCCACACUGGGGAGAGAAAGUUCCAGUGCCUGGAGUGUGGGAAAAGAUUUACCAUGAAGGGUUCCCUUAACACACACAUCCUCACCCACACUGGGGAGAGAAAGUUCCAGUGCCUGGAGUGUGGGAAAAGAUUUACCCGGAAGGGUUCCCUUAACACACACAUCCUCACCCACACUGGGGAGAGAAAGUUCCAGUGCCUGGAGUGUGGGAAAAGAUUUACCUGGAAGGGUUCCCUUAACACACACAUCCUCACCCACACUGGGGAGAGAAAGUUCCAGUGCCUGGAGUGUGGGAAAAAAUUUACCCAGGAGAGUCAUCUUAACACACACAUCCUCACCCACACUGGGGAAAGAAAGUUCCAGUGCCUGGAGUGUGGGAAAAGAUUUACCCAGAAGGGUACUCUUGACAGACACAUCCUCACCCACACUGGAAAGAAGAAGAGAAAACAUCCAAAAUCAUAGCUGUUGCAGUCCCCGGUGACUCCGGCCUCAGUAGAGCUGAAAGGCACAAAACUACAAAAUAUCACGACCUAAAAAGUGACCUGGGAACAACAUGGUCGCCGAUGGACACCGGUAUAAUACCAGUGGUGGUGUGGGCGACAGGGCUAAUGAAGAAAACCUGGAGAGCUGCCUGGAGGCAAUCCCCGGUCGCCCAAGUGCCCACGAGGUACACACAGCUGCGGUCAAGGGAACGGUCGCCACGCUGAACAGAGCCCUCGGAUGCAAUGCCGGCGCUGCUGAGGGUGUGACCGCUAACACCAGGCUUGGGGCCCAUUGCACUCACCAGACAACAAAACAGGAAAGUGCAGAAAACUGGGAGAGAAAGUUCCCGUGCCUGCAGUGUGGGAAAAGAUUUACCCACAAAGGUAAUCUUAACACACACAUCCUCACCCACACUGGGGCUUGUACAAACUCAGUGCACCCAGAGUGUAGGAACACAGAAGGAAGCAGAAACAGAAGGAUCUGCUCUGAACCACUGGAGAGAGAAACUGCAGCAGAGGAUCACCCAUCAAAGAGAAGAAAUCUGGCAGAUAACAAGCUUCCUGCAAGACCAAAACCACACAAGGAACCUCCUCAAGAAAACAGACAGAAUGACAGGAAGGCGCAGCGCAAGCAACGGCCGGCCGGGCGGAAGACCGGCAGGGGCCGAGCCCUGGCCGAAGCCUUGGCACCACAGAUGAGGACAAAGACAAGAAAAUAAAGGCCAGAAAGAUGAAGAGGCAGCUUGCAGAAAAGCCAGGGGUGGUGUGCAGACACAUGGCAAAGACCUCAACAGAAGUACAAGACCCACCCGAGAAAGAAGUGGCCGAGGGAUGCUGCAGGCCACUGCUGGAAGACCCCACGCAGCAUCAGGUAGCCCCGGGGAUACAGACCACCACGGUUAAACACACAAGUAAACAACAACAAUGCCAGCUGUUCAGCUUACACAGGAAGGUCUGCUGAGAAAGAGAGUGAGUCAAUGCAGCAAGUUUGAGGCUCCAGGUGUAGACAAAGCCCCAAGUUUUGGGUCAGAAAGAUUACACGAGUGCACCGUUCCGUGCACUCGUUUGUACCAGACUACAGAAAGGAAAAGAGGAGCCCCCACAAUGGCUGGCCACUGGAAACACCAGCCUGCCACCAAACGCCAGCCAGACACAGAGCCAUUCGCUGCUUGUUAACAACACGCAGGUGGCCGACAGAGACACCGGCGUGGAGUUUGGUCUGGUGGAGUGCUCCACAUGCACCGGCAGGACUGGCAAGAAGGUAGCACCAGAAACACACACACUGGUGAACAGGACUGCAUUCAACACCUUGCCAUUCAACACCUUGCUCAACACUUCACAUGCAAGUGUUUGGGAACACAAGAGAAUGCCACACUACAACACAAAAAAUGAGAAAAACAAUCAACAAAGAAUUACCUUAACACCUUGAAAAAGAUUUGCAGGUCAGAACUAACACCAAAAAACAAGACUACUGCCACAAACCAGCUGGCAGUACCAGUAGUGACUUGUGGGUGUGGUGUGGUGUGGUGACUGGCCACAAGACUACUGCCACAAACCAGCUGGCAGUACCAGUAGUGACUUGUGGGUGUGGUGUGGUGUGGUGUGGUGACUGGCCACAAGACUACUGCCACAAACCAGCUGGCAGUACCAGUAGUGACUUGUGGGUGUGGUGUGGUGUGGUGACUGGCCACAAGACUACUGCCACAAACCAGCUGGCAGUACCAGUAGUGACUUGUGGGUGUGGUGUGGUGUGGUGACUGGCCAAAAGGUUUAUUCUGAAAUGUAAUCUUGACAAACAUCCUCACCCACACUGUGGUAAGGAAGUACAGGUGUGGUGUUUGUGGCAGUGUUUCUGUAGGAAGAGUGGUGUUGCCAGACACAUCCAAACACUCCUGUGGGGGUGAGGUGUUGUGGAUGUGCUGGUGGUGUGUGAGGGACUUGGAGUGACUAGUGUUUGUGUGUUGUUACUUUGUACUCAAGUGUUGGAAUAAACUUUUGUUGCUAGAA